AUGAAGCUGAUUCUAAUAUUCAUAUUCCUAAUUUCAUCAAUGAUUUUUCAAAUCCAAUCAAUGCCAGAAUGUUCGCCACAACCAAGAAAUGUUCAAUUGAAAAAAGAGCCUGUUUUGUAUCUUUUCCAUAUUGGCUUCAAAGAUAUGACUAAUAAUAAGGCAAAAAUAUUAAAAUUAUUGGCUGUAAUUAAGCAAAUCGCAUGUGAAUUACCCAAAAAUGAUGCAAUUUUCUAUGGAGUUUCGUAUUAUUUAUUCGACUAUCUAAAUAAUGAUAAAAAUAAUGGAUAUACCUUCGACGAGUUUCAAAAAGGAUUAAAUGACAUUGAAUCCAAAGCUAAGGGUGAAGGAACAAUUGAACAUAACUAUUUCUAUUGGGGGACAUGUGGAUAUAAACCUUUUAUCGAGAAAAUAUCAUUAUUUGAUAGAUAUAAAAGGGUUGAACUUAUUUGGAAUUUGGAUCCUGAAUUUGGUCUUGAUUGUUAUCAAGAAUUCAAAAAUUUGGGCCUUGACAAGAAUAAAUAUGGAUUCAAUGCUGUUUCAUUGGCUGCAGCGAAACCGGAUGGGAUUGAUAAUGUUUUUUGGGUGAAAAAUGGAGAAGGGAUUGAUGUUCAGAGUGAGUUUGAGCAAUUUUGAAAUCCUCUGUGUCGAGCGGAGCGAGUGUAAACCGCAAGCUUCCGCGUAGCGGCGCUAUCUUCCGCUUCAGCGGCCAAGUUAGACUAACUCUUCACGUUAGCCCAACGUGGCCGCUAAAGCGGAAGAUAGUGCCGCUGACGCGGAAGCUUGCGGUUAACACUAGCUAGAAGUCAACGCACCGCUGCUUGACAGGCUUGUAAACCGCAAGCUUCCGCGUAGCGGCGCUAUCUUCCGCUUCAGCGGCCAAGUUAGACUAACUCUUCAGGUUAGCCCAACGUGACCGCUAAAACGGAAGAUAGUGCCGCUGCGCGGAAGCUUGCGGUUAACAGAAGUCAAGGGACCGCUGCUUGACAGGCUUGUAAACCGCAAGCUUCCGCGUAGCGGCACUAUCUUCCGCUUCAGCGGCCAAGUUAGACUAACACUUCACAUUAGCCCAACGUGGCCGCUAAAGCGGUAGAUAGUGCCGCUGACGCGGAAGCUUGCGGUUAACACUAGCUAGAAGUCAAGGCACCGCUGCUUAACAGGGUUGUAAACCGCAAGCUUCCGCGUAGCGGCACUAUCUUCCGCUUCAGCGGCCAAGUUAGACUAACACUUCACAUUAGCCCAACGUGGCCGCUAAAGCGGUAGAUAGUGCCGCUGACGCGGAAGCUUGCGGUUAACACUAGCUAGAAGUCAAGGCACCGCUGCUUGACAGGCUUGUAAACCGCAAGCUUCCGCGUAGCGGCACUAUCUUCCGCUUCAGCGGCCAAGUUAGACUAACUCUUCACAUUAGCCCAACGUGACCGCUAAAGCGGAAGAUAGUGCCGCUGACGCGGAAGCUUGCGGUUAACACUAGCUAGAAGUCAAGGCACCGCUGCUUGACAGGCUUGUAAACCGCAAGCUUCCGCGUAGCGGCACUAUCUUUCGCUUCAGCGGCCCUAGUUAGACUAACUCUUCACGUUAGCCCAAGGUAGCCGCUAAAGCGGAAGAUAGUGCCGCUGACGCGGAAGCUUGCGGUUAACACUAGCUAGAAGUCAAGGCACCGCUGCUUGACAGGCUUGUAAACCGCAAGCUUCCGCGUAGCGGCACUAUCUUCCGCUUCAGCGGCCAACUUAGCCCAAUGUGGCCGCUACGCGGAAUUUUCCGGUUCACACUCGCAAAAAUAAUUUCAUGCCUGCAGAUCCCAACAAAACUGAAACUAUUUCAAAAUUGGCCAUAAAAUUUGUGGAUAAAAUGGAUGUUUAUUCCUUACCAACAACUUCUACACUUCCACCUUCAACUCCACCUCCACCUACAGAAUCAGAAUUCGAACUAGUUCAAGCUGUCCGAAUUCGAAAUGAUCUACUCCCAGAAAUUCCCGAACAACCCUAUCCAACCUAUAUUUUCCUAGUUCAUUUGUCACUUGCAAUCGUCAUUUUUCAUAUAAUCGUAACUUUUCCGGUGCAUUGUUAUUAUCAUUAUGGAAAUCUUCGACGUUAUAUUAAUCCGGAUUAUCGACCAGCUGAUUUUUUUGGAUGGAGAAAUUAUUGA